AUGCCAUCUUCUGUGACGCCACAACGUCCCUCCAAUCGUGGAGGAACUCCAAAAUCUACCUCAAAACCGCUAGAUAUCGGAGAACCGCUCGGGGCGCAUGACACGAACACGGUGCGCUCAAGAGUGCGAAAAUGGCAGCAACAAGGCGGCGGGGUGGUAACAGUCGACGACCCCUACGCCGAUGAUGAGGAAAACGAUAUAAAACCAAGACCAAAGCCGGCCAAGAUCAAGGCAGAGAAGCUGGAGAAGGUGGAGAAACCGAUCAAGGACAACCCCCCGACCACAAGGAAGCGCAGUCACAGCACCCCCCGCAAACGUGUGGUGAGUGACGAGCAUUGGAAGCGAACGCGAAACCGAGCCUCGACCCAGUCCUCGUCGCGCAAUCUACCUACACCUAGGCGCAUAGCCGAAUAUACUACAAAUGAAGGGCAGCUUAGGUCUUCACGGGGGAAACACAACGAUAGCGAGUACGAAGACGAGAAAAAUCGCGAUCUCCCUCGAUUUCAAGGAAAACGAGGUACCGGAACGGGAACUAAAUCUCCUAUUCGAGACACCAAGUCCGCGGGUGCACGACAGAAUAUCGAUACCAUCACCGAGAGCGACUAUGAAACGGACCAUCCCAGAACCGUCGAACCUACAGAGCUCUCGGACAGACUCAGGACGCACUCGCCUCCCCCAGAGGAUGCGUGGGCAGCAAGCGAGGCGGAUUUCUCUGAGCUGUCAAGGAGACGCAAGCGUGGCCCAGCAAAACCUCCCAAAGGUGGUAUAUUCGCGCACAUGAUCGACGAGUCUAGAAAAAUGUUUGGGAUCCCCGAACCUGAACCACCGAGACCUACGCCUACGCCGACUACGGGCCGUGGCGCCAAAAUUGAAGCAUGGCUUUCUGACACACCAGAUCCUUUUAUGGAUGAAGCCGGAUCUAAGACUGAUAUGCCAGCCCCUCUGGAUCUGAAGUCAGGCCGGGCAAGGCGAUCUCAAAAACUUGCAGAUGGCGAGAUACAUCUUGGUACUGAGUCUGAGCCAUCAACAAUCAGCGAGCGCCCGAAAAGUUCCGAGUCUCGCCCGAAGAGCGCUGUGAGUAGGCACUCCAAAGGAAAGGACAGCAUUUCUUCAAUCGACAAAACAACAAAGGUACAAGAUCGCGAUACGCCCUCAGAAGCAAAGCGAGCUAGUAUAGAUAGGGCCUCUAAGUUGUCUGUCAAAAGCAAAGAGGACAGUCAUAUCGAAGAUAGGUCUUACUUGGAUAGCCUCGCACCCUCAGAGUCCGAUUUCCAGCCAUUUUCCGAUGGCGGCUCUGAAGUAUCGGGGCAUAAUGCGCCUGUGCCACUUGGCCGAAGGAAGCCAUUCCCAGCCACCGGUUACCAUCGUCUGUCCACCAUUGCUUCCACGGACACCUUGAGCACCGCUGUCACAGAUAGAACCGAGCACGUACCGAAGCCUGUCUCAGCUGAAACGCCUAAAUCAAACCUUGUGGAAGCAGAAGAGGCAGAAGAGGCAGAAAAGAAUGACCAGUUCGACCCAGAAUCGCUACCUGUGGUAUCCUCACAACUAAAAAGGCGGCUUACCACUCACAAUGACCUUAUGUCUGUCCUAUCUGUUUCAACUUCGCGCAGAAGUACCCGGUCGAAUCGGAGUAUUCGCACCAAUAAAAGUCGCCUGGCCCACGCGACAGUUGACGAUUUGCUCCAUGAGCUUUCGGGUGACGAGACGAAGUAUAUGCGCGAGUUGAAAACACUGGUCGGAGGAGUGAUUCCGGUCCUCUUGACUUGCGUGCUGUCCCGCUCUGAUUCGGCCAUUGCCGCGGGGCUCUUCCGGCCGUCUUUGGACCCUCAAGACGACUUGAACUUCUCAAAGCCAAUUGUUAACAUGGGAGUGGCGAUCGAGCGCCUCAAGACUCUACACAAGCGAAUCCCGCAAGACAACGCGGAUGCAUUGCUUACGUGGGCACAGGGUGCCCAGAGAGUUUACCGAGAGUACUUGAAGGCAUGGCGCCUUGGAUUCAAAGACGUCAUUGUGAACCUAGCUCCUCUGGAAGAAGAUGAAGUCACGAACGAUGCUGACACGAAGAGCCUAGAUGAAGGCUUGGAGCGAGACGAAAAUGGCGACAUCGUGGACAGCAACGGGGAAAAGGUCGAUGUGGCCUAUCUGCUGAAGCGGCCGUUAGUACGUCUCAAGUACCUAGCGAAGAGUUUCAAGGGUAUCAAUACGUUGGAGCCAUCCCCAAAGGCUGAAGAAACCGCUGCCGCCUAUCAAAGUCUUGUUAUCGAUGCCCGAAAACGCGUCCGGGAUGAAAGAGCGAGAUUGGAAGAUGACUCUGCUGCCAGUAUUGACCCAACACGCACAAGAGACCCGAUGACCUUGGGCGUCCUCCGUGGGAUUGGCAUUGAUCAGACUCGCCAUGUCCGUGCCCGCGAUUUCUUCAAUCUAUCGUUGUAUCACUCAAGUGGACAACUUGUGGAUUGUCGAGCUGAGCUUCUGUAUCGAGAUAACACUCCGAGCAAAGGGCCGGGAGGUGAUCUUUUGAUUUGCGAAAUUGAUCAUUCAGAUCGCUGGCUUCUCUUUCCUCCCAUGGACCUAAGAUGUGUUUCGGCCCGCAGGGGAGAAUCGAAGCACGAGAUCAUAGUCAUGCUGCGUAGCAGUCCCGGAGAAGAAAAGUACUGGCAGGAAUUGAUCUCCCUCCGUAUUGACGAGGAAGAAGUCGGGUCUGAAUGGAUCUCAUUGCUCGGGUCCGACCCUAUUCCGCCAUCAAUUUGUCGAAGCCAGAGCUUCAUCAGCCGAGCCAAGCAGAACAAGGCUCACAAGCCCUCUGCCGUUGGCUCUCCGCCUAGGCCACACCCUAAUGACAUCGAUAUCCCCAUCGGCGAGAAGGCCACCGGUAAACGACGCUCGUGGACCCCCAAAGAGCAUUCGUCUGAUCCAAGUACGGUCAGCUCUGUCACUGAUGCCCGGAGUUCGUUGGCCUCAAUCGUCACUCGGGAGACUGACUACACCAGUGGAGGAUCCGAGCUAUCCGCAAAGCCCGCUCGCCCUGAUCUACCUCUUCUUCCUUCGACGGUUCCUAAGAACUCGCCAACUAGCCCGGAAAAGUCUGCCACCGGCCUCAAACGAUCCAAGGCCAAGAGACUUUCUCGCUAUGGUGACAGCCCGGCUUCGGAAGCUACUUCUCAUCAAAAUGUUGUAUCUGAUAAAGAACCCGAAUACAACGGGCCUGCGGCUGCCUCGCCUCAAACUCCAAGUACACCAACGGGGCGUAGAUUCUAUGGUGAAAUAGAAGAAACCCCAACAAGAGCGUCGCCGAGAGAAAAGUCGCGCUCAAGGAUUCCUCAACCCCAGAAGACGCCUGUGAGGGAACCCGAGCCCGAAUCUCCCAGGGUUUCAUCUGUGCCCUCAGCAACUCUCCCAUUGAUUCCCAAAAUCCGAACUCCUAGCAGCCAAACUCACCUCUCUACUCCGACAAGCAUCGGCCCCGAAGAUGAGGAAGACUAUCCUCCACUUGAAUGCUUGCCCAAGCAAGAAAUCCCGGAGACACCAACAAGACAUAGGAGAAAGAAGUCUCGGAGACGGCCAAAGGAUGAUGAUAGCCCUCCUCCUCCCCCACCUCAUCGCUCACCGAGCCCGGCCAAUGGCAAGCGCUCCACUACUCCAGUUCUUGCUUCCAGUAGUGGUGGGCUCAAGCGACGUGGCUCUUCUCCCCUAAAGCACGAAUAUGAACCUUCUACAGCUUCAGAUUACUCAGAGACCGACUCAGACGCGUCAACAGUGCGCCACUAUUCCUACUCAUCAUCUGAAUACUCACGAUCCGGCGGCUAUUCUGAUUCGGAGGAUGAUUACUCCUCAGUAUCUGAAGACGAAGAAUAUGUUACUCCCAAGCCAAAAGCACCCGACGUGAUCUCCGAUGCCAGUUCUCUCUCACCUUCUAACUCUGUGUCGCAGAGUGGCUACCGUGCUGUCCCGCUGCAGCCUACCAAGACUAACAAGGCCGUUGCGUCUGUCUUUGCCUGGUCUGAUAAAGGCAGCUGGGAACCUUUGCUUCCUGACGAAUGUAGCAUCGUUGUUAGUCCUGGCCUGAUUGAGGCCUUCCCGGUGGGCUCUGAAGCUGAUCCAAACUCCGAUUCCCAAUCAUCAAGACCGCUCAUAUCUCUCGAAUUAACACCACUGGUUCCUAUUCGCCGUGGCACCGCCAUCGAUAUUAGCAUUCGCUCUCCUCCCACGGAGCGAUCCAAGAUCACCUCCAGCAACAACAUCAUGUUCCGGUCAGGCAACCCCGAUGAAUGCGACACCCUAUACGGCUUAAUCAACCAAUCAAGAAUCAACAACCCAACAUAUAUCGCGCUCCAAAACGCCCGCGGCCCGUUCAACGGCCAUGCCUCUACCUUUGAACCUGUCCCGAAAUCCGGCGGGGGCCUGUUUGGCUGGCCUCGCCGCAGAAAGAGCUAUCGCGCAUCGAGCUCCCCACGCUCUGUGGCCGAAGGUUCCGAAAGCAGCGUGGGAACAAUGAGUAGCGCGUUCUCCGCCCUCAAACGCUUUGGCACAAGCAGCAAAAUGUUCAACAUUUCCCGCUCAACCAUCGAAUCCCGCACCGGUCGCGAAGGCAGCAUCUACUCUGGCUCCGGUGAUUCCGGCAACGACCCAUCCCCUAACUCCGGCAUAGGCCGAAUUGCCGCAGCAGUCAAAGGCGCCGACGGCAUCGGUCUCUCAAACGCCAAGGUCCGCCUGUACGCACGUGAAUCCGCCUCCAAGUGGCGCGACAUGGGCGCCGCCCGUAUGACCAUCAUGCCCGCACCACCCAAAAACCCCUCCCGCCCCGGUACUGGCGUCAGCGGCCGCAGUGACAGCAGCUCGCCGCAUGGUGAUAACGCCGACAAUGCAAGCGGCACUUCACCUCCCACAUCAGGCCCCGCCUCCCCGCGUGGCGGCAUCUCGGUCGAGAAACGUAUCGUCAUCCGCGGCAAGACACGUGGCGAGACUCUCCUUGAUGUCUGUCUAGGUGAAAAUGCCUUUGAGCGCAUCGCUCGCACAGGUAUUGCAGUCUCCAUCCGCGAGGAGGAUGAAGACGCGUCCAUUGCUCAGAAGGGUGGUGUUGCUACUGGCUCUGGCAAAAUAUUUAUGAUUCAAAUGAAGAGUGAGGCCGAGGCGGCUUACACGUUUGGGCUUGUUGGUAAACUCAGGUAUUGA